GCUCAACUACUACAAGGACAUUUCAUGAAACUUACUUGAUAAGUGAAACAAUUCAUCAAAACAAAAAUUAAAAUUGACCGCUAAUUUGUAAUCUUUAUAGUGUAAGAGAUGGGAAAGUUUGUGGAUCGCUUUUGGGAUGUGAAAAGUUUUGACGAGCUUCGGAAGUAUUGUCGUCAAAGUAAUGAUUUUUGCAAAGACGUCUGUGCCAUACUAACGUCUCGGUCAAAGCUAGAAAUAACAUAUGGAGAAAAUUUGGCACAGUUAGCAAUAAAAGCUUCAAAAUGUGGCAAAGAUCUUGUUGGGAGUCUGAAGACUGCUUGGACAAGUUUGGUUUCUGAAAUAGAAAGUGAAGCAGAGAUACACAAAGAUUUGGCAGGAAAGGUGAAUGAUGAGGCUGUGAAAGAACUAAAAUCUUUCUUAGAUAAUCAAUUGAAAACAAGAAAACCAGUCGAACAACAAGUUGAAAAAUCGGUUAAAUUAUAUACUGAUAAAAGAACAGAUGAGCAAAAGGCGAAGAAAAGCUCUCACUUGAGAGCUCGUGAUUAUGAAAAUACAAUGGAACAAUUUGAAGAUGCAAAGAGUGGUAAGAAAAAAGUUGUAACUGAGAAAGAACUAUCCAAGCUCGAAGCAAAAUGUAAAAAGGCCGCCAGUAACGUCGAAAAAGCUGAUCGUGAGUAUAAAGACUUUAAUUUAAAGGCAGAAAGAGGACGAAUUGAGCUAUCAUCUGCGAUUCGCAGAUUUUCACAGGUGUGCGAGACAACUGAACUUGAGAGGGUACAACAUUUGAAGGACCUAUUUGUCAAAUAUAGUGAGAUGCUUGAAGGGAUCAUACCACAGAAGCAAAAGUGCUAUUCAUCCAUCAAGAAUGAAUCAUCAUUAGUAGAUCCAUAUAACGACGUUGAAUCCGUAGCAGAUCAACGAGGAACAGAACGCGAAGCUGCUGAACAAACAUUGACGGAUUACUACGAAGAAGAUCUUCAAAAUACAAUGGAUGUUGAGAGAAGAAGAAAAAUGCUUGAAGAGAAAGUUCGAAAUCAUACCAUUGAUCUGAAAAGAGAAACAAAAGCCAGAGAGGGUAUAGCACAUCUUUUCAAUGUUUACGAAACAACUCCAAAUUACUCGGACGAAGAGGGAACAAUGAACGUCGCUGAGCAGUUGACUGCAGCGGAUGAAGUCAUAAAUAGUUUGGAUGGAAGUUUAUACAAAUUAAAAUGUGCAUUAGCUGAAGUAAACGGACAGCAACCAUUAAGUCACAGAUUAUCAUCGUAUAUUCAGACCGUCAAAGAUAAACAGGGGCUUGUUCAAAGCUUCCUUAAAAUACCACCGGACGAAGUCUCCACUGCGCCAUCAAACUCGGAUUUUACAGAUAAUGUUGUUGAAAAUUAUGCAAGCGAUAAUGAGUUCGACGACUCCUAUGCUCAACCAGGCUACAUUGGUCAAUGUGCUGCAGUCUAUGAUUACGAUGCCACUCAAAGUGACGAAUUAACGAUAAGGUCUGGUGACGUCAUUGAUAUCGUAGAAAAACAGGAUUCUGAUUGGUGGCUAGGUCAUCUUAAUGGCAGAACUGGAAUAUUUCCGGCAAUGUACGUCGAGGAAAUGAAAUAAGGAGGAAAAUUGGUAUGAUUGAACUUACUAAGAUAAAAAAUUAAUGAAAUCGUCCAUUUAGUGAUCCAAUAAUUUUUUUCUUUUGCAUGAGUUCUCAUAUGGAAAAGGUCAUUAGAAUUAAGGUUUCAAACAUUUUGGAAUGUAGAAUUUCUAGGUUGACAAUUGAAAGAUUGACGCUUUUUUUGUGCCAGUCUUUGUAAGCAAAACAAAGCACAGCAACUUUGCAUGAUUUUUAAAUGUUACCUUAUUGACAUUCGAUGAACUUCAGGAAAAGAUAUAAUUUAUGAAAAACUCGACUGAUUGAAUUGUAUUAUUGUUUGAAGUUGUUAUCUCAAUGUGCUUUUAACAACUGCUUCUAGAAUAGUUAAAAAAUACUUAAUAAAAGUGAAUUUUUUUGUAAUUAAUAUUCAUACUUUACAUUCUCAAGGACAAUAACUAGUGUUUAUAGGACUUUACUGCCCAAGUUUACGUAUAAUAAUGAACAAUACUACUUCCUUAAAUUAUAAAAUCAAUUUGCAUGGUAGACUUUCAAGAAUAUAAAUAGUUUACAUUA